UGUCAAGGCAUUGAUGAAUGGACCAAAACAUUCGCUACGUGACUAGGCUAGUCCGUAUUAGCCUUUAGAAACAGCUGAUUUAACUCAAAUUGAUAAUUAUUUUGAUUUUCAUUUCACUUUAAUGUUUGGAGUGUUUGGACUGGUUCAGUGGAAAAUAGUGGAUUGUUGCGAAAAUGAAAACAAUGAGUUUUUGUCAUUGAAGAACAAUUAUGAAUAAGAUGUCAUUUAAUCAUGAAAAAAUUCUGAAUGUAUUGAAAACCUCUUUGUAUAAAAUUGCUAGCAAAGAGGUAUUGCUGAAGAUUAUAAGAAAGGACUUGUCGCUAUAUAUCCAGAAGGUUGCCUUGUUGAGAAAUUCUAAUGGAAUUAUUCAGAAUUUUAAAUUCUCCAAAGCUGUUAUAAAAUCUGUACAGCUAAAAGAAGAUGAAGAAGCCGUGGAAGAUUCACGUAUUUCUCAAAAAAUUGCAAAUAAUGUUCUAAAUAUUGAAACAUCAAGCCCUUUGCAAUGGAAAACAGAAAUUUCUAAGCCUAUAAUAAUAUCACAGACUCAACAUAUUCUUGAAUCAAUACAAGAAGCACAAACAAACUCUUCUUUCCAAGCAAGGGUAGGAGCAUUCAUAUCGUUUAUCCAUAAAGUGCCUGGUGCUCGCAUUAUUUCAGUGAAAGAAGGAGCUAUAAGAAUAUUGUUGAAUGCUCGUGAGAGAUUCAAAGAUAAGGAUCUGGCAGCUGUUCGUGAAGCUUUGGCACUUUUAGGCUAUACAGAUCCUGUUCCAGGAAAGGGAAUUCGUGUACUCAGUAUAGAUGGAGGUGGUAUAAGAGGAUUGCUUGUAUUAGAGAUGCUGAAGAAACUUGAAGAGUUAACUGGAAAACGAAUAUAUGAGUUAUUUGAUUUGAUUUGUGGAACAAGCACAGGAGCCAUUCUGUCUUUUUCCAUGGGCAUCUACCAUAAGUCGAUGGACGAAAUAGCAGAAGGUUACUUGCAAAUAAGCAAUGAAGUUUUCAAACAGUCUCCUUUAUGGGGGACAGGAAAUCUUGUUUGGACUCAAUCUUAUUAUAGUACCCCUUUAUGGGAAAAAAAUCUCAAGAAAUACCUUGGAGAUUUCAGGUUAUCAGAAACUGCUCGUGAUCCUCUGUGUCCAAAGCUCUGUGCGGUGUCAGCAGUUGUAAAUCAGUCCAAUUUGUCAGCUUACAUUUUUAGAAAUUAUUCAUUACCUUGGAAAGUACACUCUCAGUAUUUAGGAAGCAGUAACCAUUUGGUAUGGGAAGCAGCUAGAGCUUCAGCAGCUGCACCAACUUAUUUCGAAGAAUUCAAGUUGGGUGAUUUUAUUCAUCAAGAUGGUGGGAUCAUAGCUAACAAUCCAACGGCUAUUGCUAUUCACGAGGCAAAAUUACUGUGGCCUAAUCAUCCUAUUCAAUGUGUUGUAUCAUUUGGUACUGGCAGAACGAUACCAUACAAUAAUUAUAAAAAUAAAAACCAAUCCAUUGAUCCCUCCGUUAAUACAACUUGGAAGAAUAAGUUUCUUAAAAUUGUGGAUAGUGCAACAGAUACAGAAGGUAUUCAUACAAUAUUGAGUGAUCUAUUGCCAGAGAAUGUUUACUAUAGAUUCAACCCAUAUCUAACAGAAAUGAUCAGUAUGGUUGAGAUAGAUGAGAAAAAGCUAGAACAGAUGAAGAGAGAUGCGUUGAUGUAUUUGAGACGGAAUGAGGAUAAAUUCCAUGGUGCGGCAAAGGCAUUAUCAGAACCAAAGAGUUAUUUUCAAAAAAAAUUGGAUUGGAUGAAAGUCAAGAGGCAUUCAUAUGAAUUUUAAGUAGAUGAAUUAUAUUUACUGAAUGUUUUAUGUAUUAUGUAUUAUAGCGUAAGUUAUGUGAUUAAUAACCAUAUGAAAUUUUUAUCUUUAAUUGAUGUAAUAUAUAUUUUCAAUGUUA